AUGGAUCAUGAAGUAACAAGAUUAAUUAAUAUGAAUUAUGGCGCCAUUUACAAAUCAUCAAUGGAAGAAGAGAUAUGUGAAGGACUACAGAUCAAGAGUCAGGACGAACUGAUCGGCGAAAAUGGACCGUACAAGAAACGUUUCGGAAUCAACAGAUUUAAAAUCCCUCAACAAAAUAAGAAGGACGAAUUUGUUAACGCCCCCACCGAUCAAAUUUCGACAAUUCCAAGGACUCUAGAAGAACAUGAAGAAUUAGAUAAUUUGAACAAUAAUUUUAGAGAAAGACUUGAAGAGUUAGAGGAAAAAUCCAGCAGCUUGCCAUCAAAGAAAGAUAAACAAAAAGCGGUGGAUACAUUGGAUAAUGAAGACGAGACAAAUAAAAACAAAAAGCGUGUAAGAAAUCGGAAACCGGAAGAUGAUUUUUGA